AGUCAACAGAUGACAGAUGCUGAAACGAGACAAGACUGGGAUGAAAGCUGCAAUUGGAGAUCAUUUCAAAGUUGAGUAGCAGAUAAUAGCGAUGCAAAAGCAUCGCUUUGCUACUGUGUCGGGAUGAAGAAACUAUUCAGUGGAUUAAAGACCAAACGAUCACAUGAAGCAAAAGAAAUUGCAAAGCUGCACAGGGCUGCGUGCGAGGGCGACAUGUCCAAGCUGAAGGAGUUUGCCAAACGCAUCGACGUCAAUGAAGUCGACAAACACAACAGGACAGCGCUUCACCUGGCUUGUGCCAACGGAAUGGUCGAGGAAGUAAAAUUCCUCGUGGAGAACAGAGCCAACCUCAAUUUAGUUGACAAACUAAAUAGGUCCCCAUUAAUAAAGGCAGUGGAAGGGCGGCAUGAAAACAUUGUGGAAUUGCUGCUGGAAAACAAUGCCAAUCCCAACCUGAUGGAUGUGAAUGGCAACACGGCUUUACAUUUGGCAUCGAGCAUCCCAAACAUCUCCAUUGUUCUUAUGCUGGUGAAGCACAACGCGGACAUCAAUGCUCAAAAUCAGGAGGGCCUUUCACCGCUGAUGAUGGCGGCCAUGGAGGGCCACAUAAAUGUAGCUGACUUUCUGUUGAGGAAAGGGGCUGAUGUUAAUAUUUUGGACGAUAAGAAAAGGUCACCAUUAAUGGUCGCUGCCAGAAGAGGGCACUCCGACAUGGUGCGAUUGCUCCUGCAGUUCCAAGAAGUUACGACACUGAAGGAUAAGAAAGACCAAUCACCUGAGUACGAUGAUCGUUGUGUCCUCCUGGCCAGGCAUGAUACUCAAAGGAACCAGCUGGGCUCCACCCUACGUCAAAGGACCUCAAAAUCCGGGACGGAGAAAAGCAAGAUGGUGGCGGGUGCAGCAACGAAUACGGGAGAUGCUGGUAGUCUGGAGACGUACGUCUACACAACAGCAGGACCCGAGCCGGGUUGCAUCCUGCCGUCAGAUGUGGCCCAGCCAAGUGUGGCGGAGUCUGCCUGGUUUUUAACGCAGCAGGGACCAGCGGAGGCCAUUGUGCAGGACCUUGCAGCACAGCAGGUCGCCGGCAGAAGCCGCAUGGCGGGAGUCUUUGAAGCGAGCCCAGCGGGGUCCAAGUUUAUGGGGAUAGUUGGGAUGUAG